AAGAGUGAGCAAGAUGUGAGAAAAAUUUCUUUUUCCUUUGUUUUACUCAAAAUAAAACGAUAAUGUCUUACCACUCUCGCGAUUACGGAUCCGGCCACUCCUCUAGCUAUAGCAGAGGUGGUGGAAGCGGUAGCAAAUACGGUGGCGGAGGUGACAGCAGCUAUUCCAGGGGAGGCUCAUACCGUGACACCCGUGAUGCAUCGCCUAGACGAUCAAGCCGUCCCUAUGAUCAUGGCUCUAGCCGCAACGACCGUCAUCAGUCAUCAUACAGCUCUUAUCGCUCGAACGAUUAUCGCAAUGGCGGCGGUAGCAAUGGCUACGCUUCAGGAGGUUAUGGCGGCGGUGGUGCUGGUGCCGGCGGCUAUGGCGGUAGCAGUGGCUAUGGCGGAGCCGGAGGCUACGGCGGUUACGGCGGUGGAGGUGCAGGAGGCGACCGCAUGGGUCAAUUAGGCACUGGUUUAAAAGACAUCCAGUGGGACCAAUUGUCUUUGCCCCGAUUCGAAAAGAACUUCUACAGCGAACACCCAGCAGUUGCUGCGAGAAGUGACCAAGAAAUUGCCCAAAUUCGUGCAGCUGCCAACAUGACAGUCGUUGGACCUAAUGUGCCAAAACCCCUCAAGACUUUUGAAGAAGCCAACUUCCCUUCGUAUGUGAUGCGCGAGCUUAGCCAACUUGGUUUUGCUGCCCCUACACCUAUUCAGUGCCAGGGUUGGCCGAUGGCACUUAGUGGCCGUGAUGUGGUCGGUGUCGCUGAAACCGGCUCUGGAAAGACCUUGGCCUAUACUUUGCCUGGUAUCGUACACAUCAAUGCACAGCCCUUGCUUGAGCCUGGAGAUGGUCCGAUCGUCUUGGUGUUGGCUCCUACACGUGAAUUGGCUGUGCAGAUCCAACAAGAAUGCAUCAAGUUCGGCUCUACUUCUCGUAUCAAGAACACUUGUUUGUACGGUGGUACUCCUCGUGGUCCUCAAAUUAGAGACUUGACAAAGGGUGUCGAAAUCUGUAUCGCCACUCCUGGUAGACUCAUUGACAUGCUUGAGUCAGGCAAGACCAAUCUUCGCCGCGUCACCUAUCUCGUUUUGGAUGAAGCCGAUCGUAUGCUUGACAUGGGCUUCGAGCCACAAAUUCGCAAGAUCGUCAACCAGAUUCGACCCGACAGACAGACACUCAUGUGGAGCGCUACAUGGCCAAAGAGCGUUCAGCAGCUUGCUGAGACUUACCUCAAGGAGUACAUUCAGGUCACCAUCGGCUCGCUUUCAUUGAGUGCAUCCAAGAACGUUACGCAGACUGUAGAAGUUUGCGCCGAGACCGAGAAACGUGGAAAGCUUAUUGUUCAUUUGGAACGUAUCAUGGAAGAACCUGACAACGAGCGAAAGACGCUUAUUUUCACCAGUACCAAGCGUACAGCAGAUGAAAUUACGCGCUACCUUAGACAGGACGGCUUCCCUGCUUUGGCUAUUCACGGUGACAAGCAGCAAAACGAGCGUGACUGGGUCCUCAAUCAAUUCCGUACUGGCGGCCAUCCCAUCAUGGUAGCUACUGACGUAGCAUCGCGUGGUAUUGAUGUCAAGGACAUCAAGUUUGUCAUCAACUAUGACUUCCCUACAAACAUUGAGGACUAUGUCCAUCGUGUGGGUCGUACAGGUCGUGGUGGAGCUACUGGCUCAGCAGUUACAUUCUUCACUACUGAUAACGCUCGACAAGCCCGUGAUUUACUCAACAUUCUGCGUGAGACGAACCAAGUCAUUGAGCCUCGUUUGCAAUUGAUGGCUGACACCAGCGGUGGUGGAGGUGGCCGUGGUGGCCGUGGUGGCCGGGGAGGUUAUCGUGGUGGCCGUGGCGGUGGAUAUGGCGGCGGUAAUCGCUAUGGUGGUGGUGGCGGUGGCUACUACGGUGGUAGCGGCGCUAGCAGAUGGUAAAGAAGUAUCAUACAAACAAACAUUUAUACAUUCAUCAUCCACGCAACACCAACGGCACAAUUUACUUCGACUCAUCGACGACUGCACAGCGUUUUUUCUGUCAUUGUCUUUUCUCUUACUCCUAACAAUCCCACUUUUUUUUUGUUUCGUCUUGCAUUUCCUUGUUCGAUUUCCACUCGCACUUGCAAAAAAUCACAUAUCUAUAUACAAUACAAACUAUUAUACACAAAAAUAAAACUGUUUUCGUAGCAGCAAAUAAGAAACAGAG